UAAAAUUUUAGCUGUUGAAAACACAUCAUUAGAGAACAACAAACAGCAUAAGGGGCAAAUGUGACAUUAUGUUUAGUUUAAAAGGUACGAGCGCAAAAGAUAAACGAAGUGUUGAGUUAGAGCUCGUCGACCGUCCACGUGGCUCCACGAAUUCAAAUCUGAAAAAUAUAAACCACACAGACUCUUCCGCCACGUCUGCUGUGCCGUCUCUCCCAUUUGAAAUUCUCUUUCUUCUUUAGAUUUUUGGGACAGAAUUUUCUCUGCUCCAAUUUUCCGGGAAAAUGAAUCAAACGACGGUUCACAAUCGCACACAUUUCCUCAAAAACCCUAGGCACCUUUACACUCCCUCUCGGUCUUCUCCAACCUUCGUCAACCUCAAUACUUCGUCUUUCUCUUCCGCUACUCCACCACGCCUCUGUAACACUCUUCGCCUCCCAAAUUUACGCUGUUCCACAACCAAACGCCGUCGUUUCAGGAUUGUAAUGGCUUGCGUUAGCCCUGGCCAUGAAAAAGAUCAAGACGAUUUUAGAAUUUCCAGCGGGAAUGAAAACAUCGUUGCUUUGGUCUUCAAUGAAGACAAUGAGGAAGGUGAACUGGUUGUGGAAGUGCAGAGAAAAGACUUGGAGAAUCAGAGUAUAUGGAAUCAGAUGAAAGAGAUUGCUGUGUUUACAGGACCUGCGACGGGGCUUUGGAUAUGCGGACCUCUGAUGAGUCUCAUUGAUACGGCGGUUAUCGGUCAGGGAAGCUCUAUUGAGCUCGCCGCUUUAGGGCCUGGAACAGUUUUAUGCGAUUAUAUGAGUUACACAUUCAUGUUUCUUUCUAUUGCAACUUCCAAUAUGGUUGCCACUUCACUUGCCAGACGGGAUAAAAAUGAAGUGCAACAUCACAUAUCUAUGUUGCUGUUUCUUGGAUUGGCUUGUGGCACGGUUAUGCUUUUGUUCACAAGAAUUUGGGGUCCAUGGGCACUAACUGCUUUUGCUGGUGCAAAGAAUGCAGAUAUUAUACCUGCAUCAAACACAUAUGUUCAGAUUCGAAGCUUGGCAUGGCCUGCAGUUCUUAUUGGUUUGGUUGCUCAAAGUGCGAGUCUUGGCAUGAAAGAUUCCUGGGGACCUUUAAAGGCUUUGGCAGCAGCUACUGUUAUAAAUGGUGUUGGUGAUAUACUACUAUGUAGAUAUUUAGGCUAUGGCAUUGCUGGUGCAGCAUGGGCAACAAUGGUAUCACAGGUUGUAGCAGGAUAUAUGAUGAUUGACGCUCUGAACAAGAAAGGAUAUAAUGCUUUUGCCUUCUCUAUUCCCUCACCCAAAGAACUUUUGACAAUAGUUGAGCUCGCUGCUCCUGUAUUUGUAACGAUGAUAUCAAAGGUGGCUUUUUACUCUCUCCUUACCUAUGUUGCUACAUCCAUGGGUACCCACACCAUGGCUGCUCAUCAGGUCAUGAUUCAAACAUUAUGCAUGUGUACUGUAUGGGGUGAACCUCUCUCUCAAACAGCACAAUCAUUUAUGCCCGAGUUGUUACAUGGAGUCAACCGUAGUUUGGAAAAGGCCAGAAUGCUGCUCAAAUCACUUGUCAUCAUUGGGGCUAUACUAGGCUUAGCACUGGGAAUUAUUGGAACAUGUAUUCCUUGGUUGUUCCCCAAUAUUUUUACACCUGAUCAGGAGGUCAUACAUGAGAUGCACAAAGUUCUGAUACCGUACUUUCUUGCUUUAUCUGUGACGCCCCCCACCCACAGUCUCGAGGGAACAUUGCUGGCUGGACGAGAUCUAAAAUUUCUAAGUCUGUCGAUGACUGGAAUCUUUUGUUUGGGGUCACUUCUGCUCAUGUUUGUGAGCAGUAAAGGCUAUGGUUUGCCAGUCUGCUGGUAUGCAUUUGCUGGAUUUCAAUGGGCUCGUUUUUCCCUCUCUCUUCGACGCCUUCUAUCACCUGAUGGUGUAUUACACUCUGAAGAUAUGUCUCAGUGUAAGCUAGAAAAGCUAAAAGCGGUUUAGCUUAGGAGUCUGUUUUGAACAAUUGUGAUAAAUGGUAUUAUAAGCACCUUUGUGAGGAUGAAAACUUGUGUUUAUAACAAUGGCAUUGCCAAUUAUUAGUGGUUUUGUCAAUAGACAUAAAAUUUAGGUUGUCAUUAUUCUUUGAUGUCUCAUCGAGACUAAGGCAUAAGGUAUGCAUCCCCUCUAUUUAAGUCCUUGAAUUACAAUGCAGGCCGGUUCUUGGUUAGAUCACUUGUUGCAAUCGUUAUGUACCUGAGAAGAAUGUAUUUGUAACUUAUAACUCUGAAUGGAGUAAGCAAAUUUCUUGAUACUACCACUUUGUGUGUUGAAGCUCUUGUAAGAUUCUUCUUUUACGGUAGUACUAUUUUUGUUCCUCAAAUUUGCCUCAUGGAGAAUGGCCGUGGGUAAAAAACAGUACCAUCUUAAAGAUUUGUUAUGAACGCAGAUAAAAUCUAAAUUAUUGCUGAUUUUCUCUUUUCUUUAAUAUCAACUCUCAAGCGUAAAUUCUUAUCCAAAAAAAACAAAAAAAAAAAAAAAAACCUCUCCAAUGUAAAUGUUCUUCUUUUUUCAGCUUGAUAGAAUUAGCAAGAAAUGAAAUCUCCCACUAUCAGCUUUCAUUGGAUAAAUAAAUGUAAUUAAUAUGAUCCUAUCUUAAACUUCCACAACCAAUUAAAACCCUUAUUAAUCAUGAUUUGAGAUAAUCUGAUCACAAAACUAGGUCAUGUACAAAUUUCACGAGACUUUUGAGUCAAUUUCAAACUAGUUGACAAAAAAAAUCAUAGAAAACCAAUGAAGUAUCGAUUGCAUUUAAGAUACAUAAGUUUGUACUGCUCUUUGCGUUCCCCAAUAUGCUGCAUUUAAAGAACAUAAGACAGUUCUAGUUUCCAAGUUAAUGCUACUUCGGCCAAUUCAAGGAAACAGAAUGAUAUUGAAUAGUUACGGUAAAGCGAUAGUUUCUGCUUUCUACGAACC